AUGCCGGGAGGCAUAGGUGUCUUCAUGAUACUCGCAUCGGUAUCGGGGUUGCUAGGUCUCCAAACUCAGUUGAGUUACGAUGCUGAUAAUACCUACGAGGAUGCUUUCGCAUGCAAAUGGGUGCGCUGUGGCAAAAAGACUGCUGUAGUCCAAGUCGGCCACUCGAGUCUUCACGUGGAAGCCAAGCCGUCAUUGACAUCAGAACUGAUCAGGAAUGAGGCCUAG